CUUUCUCCGAAUUUGCUACCGAAGUGCUGCCAAAUUUUCUACAGUGUUUGUGUGAGUGAUUUGUGUGACGCAUUUUUGACUUCAAAACUUGUUCUGCUCUAUCGAAAUCAGGUAACUUAUGAACUUUUGUAAUUCGAGUUCUGGUAGUGAACUUUAUUCUCCUCUCACCCUUUCUGAUUUAGAUUUAAGCCCUCUUAAAGAGGUUAGGGUUAAGAGUGAAAGUGAUAUUGAGCGUAAGUUAAAGUUUUUUGAAGAUCCUAACUACAUCCCUCCCCCUACUCCGUGUAGCGAAAGUUACGAGACUGAAGAGAUGUCUUCUGAGGAUACAUUGAGCAUUGGGGGGAGCGAGGAGGUAAGGAUGUUGGAGUACAAUGAUGUGAGCAUUGAGGGUGAAUCGUCUGGGUCUAAGCGGACAGAGGGGGGGAGGGAUAAGUGUUAUGAUAGUGGGGCAGACAUUGUGUCUGAGGUAAAGGGGUAUGAAUCUGAACUCAGGGGUAGGGAUAGCCUGAGUUAUCUCGUAGAAAGCUACGAGAUAUCUUCUAGAGUGUUAAUCAGGCCUGCUAGAGUGAAAGAAAGGGCAUGCUCUGCACCCAAGGAUCACUGGAUGCCAGUGUAUGCCCAUUACUUGGCAGCAGGGCUUAGAUUUCCUUUACCUGAUUUGUUAGUGUGGUUGCUAUUAGAGUAUAGUGUAGGCUUAACCCAAUUAUCGCCCAAUGCAGUGAGGGUGAUAAUUGGGUUUGUAGUUUACUGCCGGGCUAGGGGGGUUAAGGUGCCCACAGUAAACAUGUUUAAGCACUUUUUUGUGUUUAAGGUUGGCAGUAGGAAGGAGAAGGGGUGGUACUACUUUACACCUUGGUCAUCCAACAAAGAGAGAAGAAACCUGUUUAGUGCAAGGCAUUCCUCCAUUAAGGGAUGGAAGGAAAAAUUUUUCUUUGUUGAUGACACCGAGUGGGAUAAGGGAGAUGCAGAGGUUGAGGCUCUAGCUACCUGGAAGGCUAAAAAGGCCAACUAGAAUAAGUAUAGUUUAAAUAG